GCGGCUGUUGGCGCCGCGGCGGGCCCUGGCUGACCGCGGGCCCUGACUGACCGCGGGCCGGGCACCGGUAGCGGUGGGGCCGCGGCGGGACCGGCGGCAGGGACAGCGUGUGGGUGCUGCGGGUGUACGGGUGGGGACCGGGGACCCGGAGCGGAGGGGCCUCGGCGGGACCGGGGCAGAACAGGCAAAAUCUGCACAAGCAGGUUUCCAGCAGAGUGGGAGUAAAAUUCUUCUGGAUAAAACAUCACAAGAAAGAUAUUCCAACGUGUGAGGAUAGAGACUCCAAGAUCUAACUUCUAGCACAAGUGCACCAAAAAGCAUGGAAGAGAAGAAGGAAGAGGAGAAACCAGAACAGCAUCUUGCAGACCCUGAAUCAGCUUUCCCAGAAUCCUUACUAGAGUUUCAAAUUGAGACAAAAGAAGCAGCAAUUGAUAAGGUUUUGCUUGCUCUGAAACAACUGGAAGAAAAGAACAAAGAAUAUUAUGAAAGAUAUGAGCUGCUGAAGAAGGAACUGCAGGCACGCAUCAGGCGCUUACUGGAGCAAAUAGAGGAAGAGGAGAAAGAACGAGAUAACAAGGAGGUUGUAACGAGGGAUGAUGUGGAAGAGUCGCUGAUAGCAACAUGGCAGUAUGUUAAGGACAAAGAACAACUUCUGGAAGAUCUGCACUCCCAAAUUGAAGAAACUAACCAGAAAAUCUCAGUAAAGCAGAGUGAGAAAGAUUAUUGCUUGGAGUACAAAAACGUAGGAAGUAAAAUAGAAGCCAAGAAGAUUAUGAGUCUGGAAAAAGACAUUAAGGAAGUCAAAGAUGUUUUCCGCAGAGCUACAGAAUAUUACAGAAAUGCUUUGAAAGCAAUGAAAGAAGAAAACGUCAGACUGGUUUUGAAGCACAUGGACUUAGUUAAGGAACAGGCCCCUGAGACUGCUGUGAGAUACUUAGACAAAGACAGUUGCAGAGAAAUUGAAGAGAAUGGAUGGCUAAAAGAAGAGGUUAAGCUGUACCGAAAGGAAGUGAGUGAUUUGAAAGCCUCCAUUCAACUCCUGGAAGAAGAAAAUAUCGCUUUAGUGGCAAAACUGGUUGAUAACAGACUUGAGUAUCUAGGAGUACCCAGGCAUCUUGCAGCUGGCUUGCCAGAUGAGUUUCUUAAGGAUGAAAUGAAAGCAGUAGAGUAUAGCGAGUAUGCAGCAGAGGCAGAUGGAGAUGAAAGCCUCAGAAGUGCCACAGAGCCCUGUCAGAAAACAAAAGCCUUUCCAAAGACUCAGUCUACAUCAGACAGUGAGGAGCCUCAUGAGAGUGAUGAGGAGAUACCGGAACAGUCACUCACUCCAACCCUGGGCAGCCUCUCUUAUGGAGAUGAAAAAGAUUUGCAGGAACACUUAGAACUGAGUCCUCUGGAGACAAAGCUGAUGUGUGUGAUUGGAAAAGCUAUGCCUAUUCAUAAACAAGCAGAAGAAAUGCCAAGCAGGAGGGACACAGAAGAUGGCAUGGGCCAUAAAUCAGACAGGCACAUCACAGCUCGGAUGAUCAGGGCCUUAUCUAACGAAAAGCCAGCUCAGGUGUCCCAGCUGAGCAUCUCCAUGGGACACUGACUCCAGCUCCUCAGACACCGGGCUCACAAGCAGACAGGUAAAGGAAGGAGCCUUAACCUCAGACUGAAUCUCUUGUUCACUGCCAUGUAGUAAACAGUUCAAUGAGUUUGGACAUGUCCCUGCUGUAACCCAGCGGAGUUACUGCCAAGCCUGAGGUGAUCCUAGGGCUCGAGUGGGCAGAGAAUGGGGAUCCCUGUGUGCAAGGGGGUCAGGUUUUCAGCACAACAGACACCUCCCAUCAGCCACACUGGCUUUCUUGAAGGGCAAGCCCCAGGAAAUGGCUUCCUUGAAAGAGAGAUUAGUUCUGCUCAGUGAUUAGUUCAGGUUUUGGUUUAGUUGCAGAAUUAGAAUAUGGCUUAUGCUGAACAGCUUUUCAGUCAAAGAAAGGCCUGUCCUUCUCCCACCACUCCCCAAAAGGCAGUAGGGAGAUUUAGAUUAGAUAUAAGGAAGUUUUUCCCUGUGAGGGUGGCGAGGCACUGGACCAUUCCAUGAUCCCCUGCAGCUCCCACCUGCAUGACCAGACCGUAAAAUGAUGUGAUCCAAUUGCUUGACCCUAGAGGGAAGCUGCUCAGAGGGUUCAAACCGGGGCUGUGCUGGGGUAAGUGGGUACCUGGCUCACUUGAGGGGGUGCAGCCUCGCAGGGGACACCAUCCCACCAUGCUUUGUAGGCAUCUGAUGGGUUGAUGUUUCUCAGUUCCAGCACAUGGACUUCAAUUCUGUUAACAGUGGCUUUUACUACCACACACUUACAACUUGGGUGAUGCUCUUAUUUCCUUAACUUUAAAUUUCCAGUGAGCACCUGUGAGUUUGGGGUUUCUUUUUCCUAUUAAAACUGCAAGUUUCUGAGUUGUGUGCCAGAGAAAUCCAUAACUCCAGCUCACCUGAGGCUUGGCUUGGACUAUAGUUGUGGGAACAGACUCUUCCCUGCAUCUUGUAGCUGAACUGGUGUCCUGUAGUUGACUUGCACAGUAAAGAAAAGGUAUUCCAUAAUACUGAGGGUUUAAGGGUGACUCCUGUAGGUUUUGUCCUAACUGAAGCAGUGAGCCCUGACUCGCAUUGUUUGAGCAGGAGGUGGAAGCAGGGGCCGUGCUGCCAGAAAGUGAGUGAUCAGCCUCUGCUUUACAAAAUGCUGCUCAUUUCUGAGAGAUUAUGCCAGUAAGAUUCAUCAAAUCCAGAUGUCUCAGUGGCUGGAGACCCAGCCUUCCCCAUAUGAAAGCCUUAUACUGGCCUUCACACUAAUCCUGUAGGAAUCAAGGGGAUUUGGGACACUUCACUGAGUAUGUUUUGCUACAGGCUGUUCCCUCUGGCUCAUGCGGGCUGUCUGUGGCUUGUACCCAAAUUAGUGUGUCUCACAUUUCUUUUUAACUCCCUCUCAUCCACCCAGGUCUUUAUGGGAAAAGGCAGAACAGUGACUGGAAGAGGUAAAGGUUCUUUUUUCUGAGGUACAAGUUUAUGCUGUUCUGCCCAUAGGCAUUACAGGCGAAAGGAAACAGAUGGGCCCCACAUUUACAUCACUAGAAAAUGUAAAUCAUAGAAUCACAGAACAGUUUGGGAUGAAGG